CCCCCCUCGCCGUGUCUUCUCUUCCGUGGUAUUUUCUGCCCUGAUCCAGUCCCUUAAGUCUCCGCGCACGUUCCUCCUAGAGAGCUGCGGCGUAGGUACGUGACAGCUCUGCCUACAGCUUAACGUCCAGAGCAAUUAACCAGGAAUGUACGUUUGUCUGCGUGUCUCUGUUCAAUCACCAGAAUUCUUCAUAGGGGUUAAGCUGAAAAAGCAAGGCGAGGAGCCCCUCUCCAAUGGCUCAGUUUUGCUGAAUAAUCACGUGUGAAUCGAGGGGCGGGCUUUUGGCAGGCAGAUCUUACUAGUAUUUACUACCAAGCUCUACUCCAGAUUAACCAUCCCAGUCCUUCUGUCAGUCUCCGAUGCCAUCAUGCAGCCUGAUUAGGAGCAAAGGAAAGGGGAAAAAGGAAAACAACUAAUUCAUCUUUUCCCGAUCGUCAGGACCCUAAAGAAUGGCCGAGCCUUGGGGGAACGAGUUGGCGUCCGCAGCUGCCAGGGGGGACCUAGAGCAACUAACUAGUUUGUUGCAAAGUAAUGUAAACGUCAAUGCACAAAAUGGAUUUGGAAGGACUGCGCUGCAGGUUAUGAAACUUGGAAAUCCCGAGAUUGCCAGGAGACUACUACUUAGAGGCGCUAAUCCCGAUUUGAAAGACCGAACUGGUUUCGCUGUCAUUCACGAUGCAGCCAGAGCAGGUUUCCUGGACACUUUACAGACUUUGCUGGAGUUUCAAGCCGAUGUUAACAUCGAGGAUAAUGAAGGGAACUUGCCCUUGCACUUGGCUGCCAAAGAAGGUCACCUUCCGGUGGUGGAGUUCCUUGUGAAGCACACGGCCAGCAAUGUGGGGCAUCGGAACCACGAGGGGGACACCGCCUGCGACUUGGCCAGGCUCUACGGGAAGAACGAGGUCGUUAGCUUGAUGGAGGCAAAUGGGGCGGGGGGAUCUGAAAAUCUGCAGUGAAUGUAGGGAGGGCUGUCCCAGGUUGCCUCUACUUUGUCAGUCAGUUGGUUGGCUGUGCUGUUUUAAUACCGUUUGUUAAAAUACGGCUUUGUCAUAUUUUAAGCAGCUAGUUAAAUGAAACUACGUAAGUGGAAAUCUUUAAGCAACAUCUUUUUCACCUGCAAAAUCCUGAAGUCUAAUGUGUAAUUGCAAAUAGCUUUGGCUUUCUUCUGAAUAUUUUAUCUUUCUUUGAUUUUUUUCCCCCUUGCUCUACCCUUUGCCAAUCUCAAUACCCAGCUUGGAGACUGUUUUUAAAAUGGUUUGUCCUGAUGCUUCUUUUACCUAAUUAAAACACUUUUUCAGAACAGGACAGUGUUUUGCUGUGAUUUUCACUCCUCUAUACCCACACAUAACUUGCCAUUUGCUAAGGAGCACUGUACUGAAAGUUGAUAUUUUAAGUCUGAACAUUAGAAAGUAGGCCAAUUGGAAAAUUAGAUAUGUGCUCUUUAUCAGUUAUUCCUUUCUUGUCUCCUCAACUGCCCCCUCACAGGGAUUUUAUUUGGUGCUAGUUUUAAAAGAAAAUGCCACCUUGAAAAUUCU